AGUAGGCGGUGCUGGGGAUUCACCGGCCAGUAGCGUUUAGCGUCAACCCUGGAUCCGUGGAAAAUGAAAAGGGAAGGCGAAUAACGGUACCCUACGGCACAAAUAGAGAUGAUCCCCGAAUACAGCAACGCAUCUCCGUCGCGUAGAUAAAUAAAUGCUCCCCAUUUACAAGCACGGCACGGUGCGUUCGGUUCGCGAAAAAUAAGCGGUCCACCAUUGUCUGCGUUAGAAAUUAGAAUGGCCUGGAUGUGCAAGCGGCGGGCGGUGAUCGCCCUCAGCCUGGCCGUGGCCGUGUCCCUCCUGGUGGUGGUGGUCAACUACUCGGAGAAGCCGUACGUCCUCCUGCAGCCCGUGUUGGGCCAGGCCUUCGGCGGGCGCUGGAUGUUCUCCCGCCCGCCGCAGCCCUCCUUCACACCCCACACCGGCUACCUGAGUGUGCCCCAGCAGGAGCCGCUGAAGCUGCAGUGCGAGCUGUGCAGCAUCGUGUCCAGCUCGGGCCAGAUGCUGGGCCAGGGGGCGGGGCCCAGCAUCGACCGCUCGGGCUGCGUGUGGCGCAUGAACAACGCGCCGGUGCGCGGCUUCGAGGGCGACGUGGGCCGGCGCACCACCCUGAGGGUGGUGUCCCACACCAGCGUGCCCCUGCUCCUCAAGAGGCCCCAGCACUUCUUCGGGGCGUCGUCGUCGGCGGGGGGGGCCGCGUCGGGGGCCAACGACACGGUGUACGUGGUGUGGGGGCCCCUGCGCAACAUGCGGCGGGACGGGAGGGGCGUGGUGUACAACAUGCUGCGGCAGGCGGCCGAGCGCUACCCCCGGUCCCGCAUCUACGUCACCACGGAGGAGCGCAUGAACCACUGCGACACCGUGUUCAAGAAGGAGACCGGCAAGGACAGGUGA